UCUCAGAGCUGCUGAUCAAGUGGUCUAAUUUACAAACAGCACCUGAAAGCACUUCACAGAUCCUUCCCUGCAAGAUGAGUUACUCUGAACCUGAUCUGAUUGAUUGAUUGAUUGAUUGAUUGGAACUUAUUGUAACCACACACAGUAUAAACACAGACUGAUGAAGCUGUAGCUGUUCCAUCUUCUCCAGGUCUGAGGACUUCAGUCAAAUUCAGAGGUGUGAUGGGAAGGAGUUUUCACCUGAGCCAGGAGCUAGUUUUACAGCAGAGUGAGAGCUCUGCCUUGUUAGACCUAUCCGUGCAGAAGGAUAAAAGCUGCUGCAUCACCUCAGACCCGAACCUGUACCCAUAGUGGUUCAGUCUGUAGUUCCUGUCCGGUUCUCCUCAGAUCUACACAAGGAUUAGCUCAGCCUGAAGUCCUCUUCUCUGAUCCGGGUCGAAUCACUCUCGUUUCAGUUAAAUUCAAACUAGUUUAUAGACUCGCCCCAGGACCAGCUGCUGGUUUCUAUAGUCCAGUUCUCCUUAGACAUCCUCCUCCGGUCCGGUUCUGCUCGGAGUUCCGGAACCAGGCGGUUUGACUGAUUGGAGAUGCCGGUACGGAUCCCCGACGACUCAGACUUCUCGUCUUUUAAGGAUCAGUGUCUAAGUACGGACGGAUGGAACAGCCGCUACAACAAGAGCGGAGUAACGGUGUGGUGCCGGGAGGAGGACAGCAGUUCGGUCCAGAAGAUCAAGAUGAGGAUCAUGUGCAAAGACGUGAUGGCAGAGACGCUGUACGACGUCCUCCAUGACACCAGCUACCGUAAGAAGUGGGAUACCAACAUGAUUGACACGUACGACAUCGGCAGGCUGACGGUCAACGCAGACGUAGGAUAUUACUCCUGGAAAUGCCCAACUCCUCUGAAGGACAGAGAUUUUGUGACGAUGAGGUCUUGGCUUCCACUCGGCAACGACUACAUGAUCAUCAACUACUCCGUCAAACACCCGCAACAUCCUCCUAAAAAAGAUUAUGUCCGAGCAGUGUCUCUGCUGACCGGCUACCUGAUCCAAUCCAACAGUUCCACCAGCUCCACUCUCUACUACCUGACCCAGGUGGACCCCCGAGGCUCUUUACCAAAGUGGGUUGUUAACAGAGUAUCUCAGUUCGUGGCUCCGAAGGCCAUGAGGAAGAUCUACAAGGCAUCUCUGAAGUAUCCGGAGUGGAAGCGGAAACACAAUCCAACCCUGAAGCCAUGGAUGUACCCAGAGCAGAACACGCUGCCCUCUGUCAGCCUGGCGGAUCUGACGCUGCAGCGAGCCGACUCUCUGGAGAACAUCGACGAAAGCGGUGUGAGGGAAGAGAAGGCGCAGCACAGCGACGACGAGGAGACUUAGACUGUCCUCAUACUCUCAGCAGGACUGUCCAUCUCUUCCCUACUGUUUGUUGGUUUGUUUGAUCACCUCCAGUUAAGCUGGAAAAGUUUCCCACUGACAGCGAAUGUCUCGCGGUCCUUCAGUUUCUGUCACUCUCAUCUUCCUGGACUUGAUGUUUACAAGGAAACCUUCUAUCCACAGACUGACCUCUGACUGUCUACACACCAUCCACUGACUGAUCCCAGAAUAUCUUCACAUUGAAUACGGACUGUCCACAAACUGACUAUAGGUUGUCCACAGCUUAUCUAAAGAUUGUCCAGACUGUCCCAUUCGUGCUAUGUCCACAGAUUGACUAAAUGCUGUCCUCAGACUUUUCCUCUCCAGUCUUCUUUAAGGGUCUCAGUUUUUGGCCUUUUAUGAUCACAGCUUCUAAAGCUUUGAUCCCUAAACAGCAGAAUCUAAAAGAUUUCCAGAUGUUUGUUCCAGGUGUUCUAUUGAAGCUUUGUUUAGAUGUUACUCCUCCUAGAUUGUAGUUUCUGAUCUAUAAUUAGCAAAUAAUUGGCUUUUUUUUACUCUUUAUUUUGUCAUUUUUCAGCAAGAUAAAAUAAACAAAAUACACAAAAAACAGAUAAAGAAAUUGGGAUGGCAAUUCUCAUUCACUUAAAACCAUUAUAUAAUGUUCCUUGAGCAGUGGCUGGCCAAUUUUUGCCAGAUCCAUUUAAUAAUUGGCUAUUUUACAGACCUUAUUAGAUUUUCUGUGAAAAUGAAUUCUUCAUUAAGUAAAACUGAAACAUCUAAAAAACUUUUUUAACCUUUUAGACCAAAUUAAAAUGUUAGAAAUGCUAAUUAGAAUGAUGAAAAAGAUCAAUAUGUGUGUGAUCAAUAAAAGUUCUUGUAACCCAG